AUGGGACCUGGUAUCAGGGCCCCCACGGGCCACAGCACACCGGGCGCCCCCCGGCCCAUCCACGCUCUGCGCAGGUGUGCGUGCCGCGCAGCCUCACUUAAACCCUGCACACGCCGCCGCUUCCGUCAGGAGAGCCUGGACGCCGCUGGACUCCCGCGCACCAUCCCGAGUCUCGUCGGGGCCCCAGGCCUCACCCUAAGUGACGUGCUGCAGCACUGA